GCAACUUCGACUGGGUACAAGGCUCAAGUGAGCUGCUUCAAGGCAAGCAAUUUGAAAUAUAUAAACCGAAUGAUAAUCCUCUUUCUAUCCUCGUCCCAACAAAACAAAAAGAUUCUUUCGUCACAAACUCAAAUUUCAGUAAACCAUUCUCUUUAAGAAAAUUCAUCUUCUAUCAAAAUGGGUUUCACGUGGUACUCAGGCCCCGCUUCAUCAUUCCCUCCCAUGAGCACAUGGAAGGACUUCGAAACAAUCUUCAACCUAAACAAAGCUGAGAUGCUUCAAACGGGUGACAGCGGAGAGGACGUUGGCCGGAUCUGGAAUGCAGUCCUGGAGGCUGCGAAGCUCGGUGUCGAGGAGCGGGUAAUUUUCUGUAUCAUCAUGCAAGAGAGUACCGGAAAUGUUGGUGUUGGUACUCCCAAUGAUAUGGACAACAACCCCACCGGAGGCUUGAUGCAAGCCGAGGAGAGUCCUGCAUUCCCUGGGCAGCACAACUUGAGCCAGGUAUGUCCUCCUCCCGAGUAAUAAAGAGUGAUUUGGAAAGAGUUGCUAAUGUGCUCUUAGGAGCAAAUAUCAUCCAUGGUCAUUGCUGGCACCAAGCACUUCAAGGGAAAUUUGCAGCAGACUGGCAACCAGGACAAUGAGAAGUCCAUCUACGAAGCUCUUCGUUAUUACAAUUCUGGCUCGAUAAAUGUCAAC